AUGCUAUUUCACUGCGCAGUGCUAGCUAUUGCUGCCUUGUCCACUAUCGAUUUGGCCGUAGUUUCCGAGCCGACAAGUAUUAAUAUCGCAAACGCGAAAACUACUUUUAACAAGCGAUCUCUCUUACAUUUCGACAGUGAUAAGACUGGAGGGCCACCUAAUCGAUUACUGAGGGCUGCCAACACAAUUGGCAACGGUAAAGAGAACUCGGACGUCGACGAGAAGAAUGAGGCAAGAGGAGGUCUGCCUGGUCUACUGCAGAUAGAGGGAUUGGGUGCGACUGUGUCAAAAGCGAAAAUCCCGCAGCAGUUCAAAGAUUGGCUCAGGUACUCGUUCACCAUGGAAGAGACAUUCAAGCUAUUAAAGCUUGAUGACGAGCUAUCGGCGCUUCUAGCAAAUCCAAAAUUGGGAGUGUGGAUUCAGUACGGUCGGCUCGUGGGGGAAGAGAAUAAGCUUGCAAGCUCACCGGUCAUCACGGAGCUGACCAAGCGGUACGGGGUUGCUCAGCUGUCCGAGUCGAUCCAGGCUGCAAAGCAGUCUGUGUGGACAAGAAAGAUCGCGCAAGAGCUAGAGGACCUGCAAUUAAAGCGAUGGCUAGACGCUAAGACAGAUCCAACCAUUGUGUUUGUCCAGCUAGGUCUGAAAGUGUCGAAGCCGGUCCUCGAGAAAAGUCCGAACAAGCUGGUUAUUGCCAGAUACAUUAAGAUGUACAACGAGCUUUAUCCGAAAAUAUGA